GAGAGAGAGAGCGAGAGAGAGAGGGAGAGAGAGGGAGAGGACGAGCGGAUGGGUGCUGUGAAAUCCGUUAACAGGGGAGCUCUGUGCAUUUGUUAGACGUCUUGGCUGCCUGCCCAACUUGGCUCAUUGUAAUCGAGGCAUGAUCGGCGACUCCAGGCAGCCCUCUCUGCCUCCUCGGCUGCCUCACGCCUGGACCCAGCCCAGCUCCCACCGCUGACAUGGAGAGACCCAACCCAAGUGACAUGAUGCCCAAGAGGGAUCAUGAACGGGACCUGGAGCUGGACAAGAAAAUUGAGGCUCUCCGCAGGAAAAAUGAAGCACUUAUGAAAAGGUACAAGGAGGUGGAGGAGGACAAGAAAAGGGCAGAAGAGGAAGGAAUGGCCCUGCAGAGCAGAAAAGGCAAAGCAGAUGAUCUCACUAUCACAAUCAGCAAGUCCACCUCUCAGGAUAAUCGUGUGGUGGUGACAAAACCAUUCAGCGGAGGUUCACCAGCUGGAAAAGAACCACAGGAGGCCGGGCCUGACAGGGGGGGAGAGGCUCCACAGCAGGGUGCUGGCCGAGGCCACAGGAAGCAGCUAAUGGUCACCAUGGCUGGGAAAAAGGGUAAGAGGGUGGUGAGCGAGAGACCAGAGAAGAGGCCAGGCCCUGCGGACGUCAAGAGCCCCCCAGAUGACGGACAGGCGAGGCAUGUGGAAUCAGCAGGGAGGGGGAAGCAGCAACCUCACACGACCAAGAGAGACGCAGCAGCAGCAGCAGCACAGGAUGAUGUUAAACAGGGGCAGAAGCACACUGAGGAGCAUCAUAUGCUUUCAGAGCAAUGCCAGGAUCCUGAGGGCAUGCAGGCCUGCACUGAUCUUAACAUCCCCACAUCGAAAGAGGAACAGGAGGAGUAUCUGCGAUGGAAGAAAGAGCGCGAGCAGAUUGACAGGGAGAGAGUGGCGCGCCACAAAAAUGCCAAAGGCCAGUGGAGACGGGCGUGGGACAUGGACAAAACUGAGAACAUGUUUUCAGGCAAAAUCCUCCCUGACAGAGACUGGGGGCCUUCAAACAGAGGUGGACGUAACACAAGAAGGGGACAAUCAAGGACAGGUGCUGAUUCAAGAGGUCAUGAUAAGAGGGGCAAAGACAAGGCAGCAAAAAACGUGCCAGUGAUGAGCAGUAAAGCAAAAGGCAUAGAUCGUCUGACUGGGAGAGCCAGGAGAUGGCAGGCAAAUGAAGAAGGAGAAAACCCACAGACUCCUGACACAACAUUAGAGGAAUUCCUUGAGGAACUCGACGCCCUCACAGAUGCUGAUAUAGAGGAUCAAAAGGACCAGGAGUCAAAAAUAAAGCUGUCCCCGAGCCCGGAUUCAAUGAAUAAAUCUGAGGAAAUCUUUGCUGCAAUACUAAGAGAGGAUACCCCCACUCAAGGGAAGGCAGAGGCUUCAUCCCCUCGGGGAUCGGAGAAGAAAGUACGCUUCUCAGAGGAGCUCAUCCAGGGGGCUCAUACGAGGCAAACCUCAGGCUCACAGGACUCUGUUGGCUCAGAACCAAGAGGUCUGAGCUCUUUGAAAGCGUCCUCGCCUAAAAAACAAAAACCUAAAGUACAGGGACCCCAGCAACCUCUUGAAAGUGCCAAGCAGGAUGAUUCUAGUCCCCAGCAUCAGGAAGGUGGUCAAUCUCCCGUUCCCCAGCAGAAGGCUCCUGAAAGUGAAUGUACAAAAAAAGACACCACUCUCCCCACAGCCCCGAGUUCCCCCUCCCCUGAAAAAGCCUGUGCCUCUUUACAGGAGAGCUGUGCACAGCCCGUAGAGCUCACCAAGUCCAACAUCAGCAACUCAAACACAGAAGAACUUAUAGACUCUGGUCUGUCUGUCCUGAGCCUGGAGUCAGGAGAAACGCACCCAACACACUCCACCAGCAGCGACAAGGCAAGAGAACAUGGGAAGAUUGUUUGAUUGGCAUUUUCCAGGAUGUAAAUACUGAAACCAAAUCACAGCAACACAGAGCCUUGCCUCUUUAAGUUCUGAUGCUUCAAAUAGCGACGGAGAAAUCCUAUUUAUGGCUUACACUUAAAACCAUGGUUUAGUUUUUGCUGUCCUACAUGUGGAAGUUUUCAAAAACCUUGACAUUUGACUUUGGAAUGACAAACAUUUUGUUUUUGCUAACAUUGACUUUCUAGCACUUUAUGAAAAUAAAAGUAUGAGGUGCCUGCAGUCGAAGUGACAUGUUUUAGAAGGGUAGAAUGCUAAUUGAGUGCAAUAUCUUUGAAUGUUUACAUUUGUAUGGACAUCUUAAGGUACAUAUGAGGAGGUAUUAGUUACACUUCAGUAGCCAUUAAAAAUAAACUUCAGCCACAGUCAAAUUGUUGAGUUGCUGAUUUGCCUUAGAAGUAUUUUCGAUAUGAAAUGAAGUCUGUAUUACGUGAUGACAAGUUAAUAACAGACCUUUAGUAGAGCUUGUAUUGCUCCAUGGACUCUUAUUCAUGAACUGCUUCCAGCUAUUAAAUGGCCUUUGAAAAAUCAAAACUCAACAUGAUUAUUUUGCACUUUGAGACUUUUUGUAUUGUUGCCUGAUUCAGAGGGCAUUUAAGUUUUCAAAGUAUUAUUCUGUUUUGUAUAUGAGAAAAUUUAAGAACACUCAAGAGACAACAAAAAAAUCAAAGUUUGCAAAAACAUCUAAACUAAAUCCUUUUUUUCUCAGCUGUUGUUCAUGCUGUUUGUGAGCAGCAAGUGUUAUAGGUCUCAGAUCAUUAACCCUCUGUUGAGGUUUUUGGCCCUGUGGGACUGAAAUACAUGGCGUGUUGAAAAUAAAACAUCCAUGUCAGUAAGGGCCAGACUUAAGUCCACAAUCAAAUCACUAGGAAUCAACUCCAAGUCCCUUUUUUGUUAAACACUAUCUUUUAUAAUGAAAAAAAACUAAUAUUUUGAAAGCAUCACCUAGAAUUUAGCCAGUUUUUGUGCCUUUCAUACUUUAAAUACUGAAGAUGUUUAUGUCCUGAUUUCUAUCAUAACAUACUGUAGUGUUAAACGCACUGUACUACGGUGCAGCAUCAGUGUUGUUUUUUAUUUAUUUGCCUUUACAUUUGGACAACAGAAUGUUAACUACAACGAUCAAAAUAACUUUUAAACAAGUGCAUUAUAGCUCUGUUCUGUGACAUGUAUAGAUGUGUUUUUAUUUAUUUCCAUCCUGUUUUUUUUUUGUUUGUUUCAAGUGACUACUACAAUAGGAAGCCUCAUAAGAACUCAGCUAAGAAGUUUUUUUGGGUUUUAUCAAUGUUACAGCAUAGUAAACAGUUAUGUAACUGUAAGUAGAGAACAUUAGUGGACAUGCUCUGAGCUGCAGGGCCCUGUCAGCUUCAACUAUGGUUACAUAAAACACAAACCAUCAGAAGUCUGGUAGACGCACACUGAGAAAACCAAGAGGCACGUAACAAGAUUUGACAGCGGUUGAGGUGUCAAGAUUAUGGGUUUGUCCUAUAUUUGUCUGGAAUUUGAUAUGAAGCUGACUGUUUGGAGAGCGUACAGGAGAUCUCUGGAAUAUUCAUAUUUUCCAAUGGGAUUCUGUCUACUAAAAUGAAGUCUAGGACCUUCAACCAUGGAGCAUUUGCACUUUUGUCCUUGUUCUGCAUUCAGCUAUGAGACAUAAUCACUUUGCUUAAAUGUCAAAUUUAAAAGGUGCCUGUGGUCGUUUUGCUCCUCUGGUUGUCUGCUGCUGUAUUCCUUUUUUUUUUUACAAGCACUCAUAAGAAAGAAUUAUUACUCAGUGCCUGUGUAUGACAGUUUGUCAAAAUAUGAUCCCACCUUUUGAAUUUCAUAGUGCUCCUUCUGGUCAAAAUCUGUGAAAUAGCUUCCUCUACAGUAGAUUAUUUUGGAAGAAGACAUAAAGAACAUCAAUAAAGUUUUUCUGUGUUUUAAA